UUGAUAGGAGAACAGAAAGGCAACCACCUCGGUAAAGAAGAUUUGAAAAGCCACUUGAAGAAAAGGGUUCUGAAGGUGGUGAAUUUCCAGUUGAUAGACCAAUUAUUGAAUGGCCUAUCUGAGGCCGAGGUGGUCUUGGAAGGGGUCCAGGAGGCCAUGAACGUGGAAUGGGCCGAGGAGAUGGAUUCAAUUCCCGUGGCAGACGUGAAUUUGAUAGGCAUAGUGGAAGUGAUAGAUCUGGCCUGAAGUAUGAGGACAAACAUGGAGGUAGCGGAUCUCACAACUGGGGAACUGUCAAAGAUGAAUUAACAGAGUCUCCCAAAUACACCCAGAAACAAAUAUCUCAUAGUUGCAGUGAUUUGGAUCAAUCAAAUGUGACUGAGGAAACACCUGAAGGUGGAGAGCACCCAGUGGCAGACACUGAAAAUAAGGAGAAUGAAGUUGAAGAUGUUAAGGAAGAGGGUCCAAAAGAGAUGACUUUGGAUGAGUGGAAAGCUAUUCAAAAUAAAGACCAAGCGAAAGUAGAAUUUAAUAUCCGAAAAACAAAUGAAGGUGCUGAUGGACAAUGGAAAAAGGGAUUUGUUCUGCAUAAAUCAAAAGUGAAGAGGCUCUUGCUGAAGAUUUUAUGGACCAUCAUUUCCAGAAAAGCCAGCAAAUGAUAUAACGUCUCAAUUGGAGAUCACUUUUGGAGACCUAGGCUGCCCAGGACAUGGUGGCCGUCCAAACUGUGGCAGCAGGACUGAUAAGUCAAGUGCUUCUGCUCCUGAUGUAGAUGACCCAGAGGUAUUCCCAGCUCUGGCCUAACUGGAUGCCAUAAUACAACACUGGUUCCUUUGUGGACCCUCCUGUUCAAAGCUUCUGCAUGCUUAAGGAUCCCAAACAACUAAGAAUUUUUAAAAAAGACUGUCCUUCAUAACAUUCACACCUAAAGACAGAAGUUUAUCUGUUUUGAAAAUGAACUUCUCUAGCUACACAGAAGUAACAAAUAUGUUAGUCGGUUUUGUAUUUAGAAAUGUAUUGGUAGCAGGGAUGUUUUCAUAAUUUUCAGAGAUUAUGCAUUCUUCAUGAAUACUUUUGUAUUGCUGCUUGCAAAUAUGCAUUUCCAAACUUGAAAUAUAGGUGUGAACAGUGUGUACCAGUUUAAA